AUGAAGGAAAACGUGAACUUCUUGAUGCAAAGACGCUUCGAGGGAUCACUACUCUCUGGAUUGCGAGAUGAUAUCCACAGAUGCGACUGGCCCUGGGUCCCAAAGAACGAUUGUCACAAAGCUUCGACAUCGAAUACUCGUAUUCCGCAGUGGUCCAACCCUGGAGAAGACAUUUACAUUCUGAUUCUUCUUCAUUGUCUUUCACUCUUUGAACGUCACUCACUUACAUUACCUCAACACACAUUCAUCAUGCAUGCGUCCACUGUCCUCGCCCUCCUCACAGCCUCUGCUGUUCAACUCGUCGCCGCGGGUGGUUUCGCGUCAACAUGCAGCGAUAUGUCCUACUCGGGCACCACAUUCACCGCGAAGUGCAAGAACACCUUUGUCGAUCCCUACUUCGAGGACGCCCCCAUCAACUUGUCAAAGUGCCUUGCCAACGUCGGGGGCAAGGUUGUUAUAUGUCUAUUUCUCCUUUCAUGCCAGGUCAUCAGAAGAUUCGCAGUUCGAUUAAUAUCGUAA